AUCAUCGAUAUUCCAGAAUAAGCAGCUUUUUCUGCAAAUAAACUGAGUUCUCUUACAGCUGAAUAUGUUUUUCCCUCUUCAGACAUGAAUAAAUGUCAAGCAGAAUAGUUUACAUAACUGUCUUGCCACUAUUCUUUAGAGUUGUAAUUCACACUUGUUGAUUGAAUCUUCUAUUAAAUCAUCUAUUUCUCUGUGUUGUCAGUGGCUGUAUUUUCUAUUGGGUAUGAUUGUGUCAGCAUUUUCAGUAAAACUUUCACUCUUUAGGUGGUUUGAGCUUUCCAGAGGUCAUAAUUGCAGGGGAUCGUGGUGGUAGAGCUUGGUAACGAAGACAAUAAAGAGAUCAACCACUUUCCCACAUGAGCUUAAUGCCAAGAAACAGAGCUGCUACUUGCCGUUUGGGAAAUGUGUGAGCUGAGGCCAAGGGAGAGAGAAAGUUGAUUGUCUGAUGUAAGCAGGGAAGUGGCAAAUGGCUGCGCGUGUGGUUAUCUAGGCCCUGUGCUGUUAACACUACCAUGGUAAAUCAUGCCAUUAUUGAUAGUUCAGUAAAAGGCAAAAUGUUGAGUGGAAGAUGGCCAAAGUGCAUUUCCAGUUCCUGGCCAGUUCCAGAUUGACUCUAAUCAGCAUAGAUGAACGUUUAGAUGUGUGGUUCCGUAAUGGGAAGUUUUCUUACAAUGUCAACAAUAUGUGCUUCUAAAAAACUGCACUUUAGCUGAGUCUUUUAAAGGAGCAAAUCAAGGGAACUAGGCAUUUGUGUUUGAAAAGUCUUCAGGUAGUGCCUUCUCUGGUCCUCCUUGAAGAGUCUGACUUAUUUUAGUGGAUAGGACAUGAAAAGAUCACUACACGUUCUUCACUGUUACCAAUCUGUCUGCAUUCACACUGAUGUCUGGUUAUACUCUCAGUUAUCUGCUCAUGGUCAGUAUUAGACACUGAGAAGUAUUCACUAUUUGAACUGAAAUUCACUUCCUUUGGAAAUAUAAUUCUUCAGCAUUUAAUAUAAAUAAACCUUUGAGGCUACUCUCAAACUGAGAUUUCAUAAGGAAUGCAAUGACCUUCUUUUAAGAGAAAAAGAUGCGUGUGUGCAAAAAUGAUAGCGUCUCUUCUGUAUACUUAAACAGAAGCAAGUUAGUCACAUCAUGGAUGAAUACAAUGAUGCAGUUCAGAGGGCUGCAAGGCUUUCAGUGGCAAGGGAGAACUUCCUGACAGGAAAGAAAAAUCCAGUGAAUGUAGUGACAAAGGAAGAUCUGAUGAUUUAUACCCAAUGGUUAGUGUGCCACCUACACUCUGUGAAGGGCAUUCAGCGUUUUCUCCAGGUAAGUUGAGCAUUUUGAGCAGUAAAAUGUAAUUAUACAACAUUUGAACCUUAGUAAACUGAGCAAAAUAAAACUCGAUGCAAAAUCUAAGGGUUUGAUGGUACUAAGCCAGACUGCAUACAUUUGACUUUCAAUUCUUUUAGCAUAUUGAUUUUGCUGGAAAGGAAAUAUGUAAAUUCAGCUUUGUCAUCAUUGUAAGUGAAAUAAUGAGUUCCCUGGCUGCAGAGUAGACAGUGCUGGGCUGUGUGGAUUUAAGGAGAUCCAGAAUGAGAAGAAAACUUGAUUUUUUUUUUUUCCAUACAUGUUACUGUGGUGAUGUUUUGAUAGAGCAGAAUGUUAUGAAAGGGUUGAGUCAUCUUGGUGAAUAGUCUGUAGAUCUGAGGAUUAUUUGUUCAAGUAUUACCCUUUGAAGACAAAUAUGAACACAUCCUUAUUUUAUAUAGUUGCUUUAAUAUUUUUAUUACAUGAGUACUACAAGUCAUUGAUAAUGAAUGAUCUUGUAGAUUUAUAUACAAUAGAUAACUGAUUUGUUUUUUUUUUUUCUUUCUUGUGUUUAAUUUUAUUAUUUAUUUUGCAACUGAAUAAUUGCAUGGCCUCUAGCUGACUGAGAAUAACAACAAACAUGUUUUUAACUCCAGGUUCUCCAGCAUUUGCCUGUUUCUCACAAACUGAGUGUGGUUGAUGAGAAAUGUGAUAUGAUCCAAGACAAAUGGGACAAAUUAAGGAGUGCCUUUGACAGAAAUUCAGAUGUUUUUAAUACUGAUGUGUUUUGCUGUUCAAAAUUUUUAAGAAAUGGUGAGAAAUAAUCAGCUUUCCUUUAGAAAUCCUACGGAUAAUGCAUUUGUUUAUGUAUACUCUUCAAGACAGGUCAACAGUGCAAAUCUGGGAAACACUGAAUGCUGUCUUUGGGUUGUAUGCUAGAAAAAUGCGGAGUGUGGCUUCUACAGUCAGCAAAAAUCCUGGAAACCUGGUGUCCAUAUUCCAAGGGGUGCAGCCUUGAAUCUGUGGCAGUCACUCCUCCGGCCUUGCUGUGCACUGAGCUGCAGAAACAGGCAGUUUAGAAGAAUACUUGUGGGAUCGGCUCAAUGGAGAAUUCAGGAUGUUGUCCUGAUUAUGGCAAACCCUGAAACUCACCCUUUUAACUUUCUGCAAAAAUAUUAUUCAAAAUAUUUCAGUGGGUGGCUGGUUUCUGGAGAAACUAAAACAAGAAGAGAAAUGUUGUUUCAAGACACACAAUGAAGUAUCUCCAGAAAAAUCUCCUUGUGGUCAGUUUCAAGUUCCUUUUCCUUUUGGAGGAAGGGAGGGAGUGAUACUGCUUGUAGUUAUCCACGCGAACAGUACUUAAGGCAGCAUUCCUGUUGGAGAGUAUUUGAAUCCAAUGGUUAAUUCUGUGCUUUUACAGAGUGGGAAUGAUGUUGCAAUGCAGGAUCUCAGGGAAUAGGCUCUGGGAAAAUGCAGCCCUGACUUCUCUUCUGGGGAUGAGGCACACCGUUUGCCUCCUUGAACUCACAAAGUAGGCUGACCAGGGUGGAGGAAGAAAAGAAAGGCUGUGACUUGCCCUCCCCCUUUCUUCCGUCCACUAUAAACUUCUACUGCAGAAUGUGGGCCUGUAGGUCUGCAAGGGCCUAGGAGUGGCAGUUGAGGGAGAACAACGUUGUAGGGGAUGUGAUGGAGCAUAACAAUAAGGAAAAUGUACAUUUAGCUGUGAAGGACAAGGGACCUUCAUUCCUUAGUUAGUUGUCUUACUAAGGUCUAACUGGUCUUGCUGGUGCUGUCCUCUUUCACUCCUUAGCCCCAAAGUGAUCCCAGGUAUGGUUCUGCUCUGCCUCAGGAGUGCAGUGGUAUCAGCACAGGGAAAGGAAAGCAGUGUUUCUUUCAUGAGUGGGCUAUGAGAGGGAGGGACAAGGAGAGGGCAGACCUCUAGUGUAUACCGUUCUUCUGCACCAUUAAUUUUGCUGGGGAACAGACAGUUAUUGUUAUUUAAACAGCAACUCAGAAGUGACUUAGCUUAUUUUGAUCUUCAGUAUCUACUUAUCUAAUAUUUGAGGUACAGUAUCAUAUUACCAUCAUAAGCUUCAUUCAUCUCCUAUCUGGAUCUGAACUUUGUAGAUGAAACAUCAGAAUGAUUAAACAAGACAUGAAAAGCAAAGAUGAAGUGAAGCAAAGAUGGAACAGAAGAGCAGAUGGCCCUUUAUUGCUGAAACAAUGAGAUAAUAAAUUAGAUUACCUGUAGUUCCACUAAACCCCAAGAGUUCUGAUGAACUUUAGCAAACAGUAGCUUUCCUAUUAGCAUCUUUGUGUGUAUAAGCAGUACUCAUCAGUAUUGGGUAAAGGAGAAUGAAUUGGCACUUUUUUUGGACUUUUCAAAAAUAUUUGGAAAAAACAUAGCAGAUACAAUGCUACUGUUUGCUUUGGCUUGGUGUGAGAUGGAAACCAAGGAGUUUGAACAGUGGUCACCUUUCUGAGGAGAAAGAUGGUGGCACAGGGCAAAUGGUAAGAUUCUGCAUUUAAAAAAAACAACAAUCAAUCAAACAAACAAAAAACAAAACUGCGUUAAACAUUCUUUUCAAAGAGCUGAAUAAAGCUCUUUGUGAAAAGAUGACAAAACCUACAGGCACACAGUAGUUUUGGCUGUUCAAGAAUGAAGGAAUACUGAUAUUCUCCAAGGCCUGAACAAGGUUAAGUAGGAGAAAAUAUUUCAGUUUUUCUAAAAAUGGGUGCUAUGUUGCAGACAGACUCUUCAACACGUACCCUAAGCUACUCAACCAUCCCUAGUACACCCUUGUUUCAGAAGUUUGUGAUAGCAGCAUCAUGCCAGUAUCAGGUACUGGAGGAGCGAUAAACCUUAAAUAGUAACGUACUUGAAGUUCUUAUGGAGUGGUCUGGGAGGUGUGUGUGUGAGAGAAGAAUGCUGUAUACCCCUGAGUUAUUACUCCUUGUUCAAGCAGCAGGAUCUGUUAGUUGGAAUCCUUUCAAGGCAUGCUUUCUUCCAAGGGCUGUGGAGGUGCCCUGACCUGCAACAGCUGUUAGAAUUUAAGGGUCUUGUGGAAUGCCCUUUCCUAAAAGUAAAACAAAAAUCCAUAUAAGUGUAGAUUGUGUUUCAUUCUCUCUCCUUCUGCUCAUUUCUGCUUCUGGAUGAAAAAAUGAAAUUACAUCAUUGUGUGGAUGCAAAAAAGAUGCACUGAUAGUACUGCUUUCAGUCAUGUUGCUUGAAAUGUUGACAUUCUCCAGCUGAUUAUAAUUAUUGCAGAAUCUUGCCACAAGGAUACUGGAUUCAUUCUGCCCUGUCACAGCACUGAAACCAAGGAGCUGAAAGCUCAGCUCCAGCUUCUUCUGGCUCACUUUGAUAUUGACUACAACCUUAAAGAUCUCAAGGACCCAGCUGAUGAGAUGAAGCUCUUUUAUUUGGUUGUCCAAAAAUUUAGGAGCAUCUUCUGCAAACAGCAGACAAUGAGAACAUUUCCAGUUUAUGACACAGAGAUUUCUAGAUUAGAGAACUGGGGCAUGUCAGAUCCAACCAGGGCUCUGAAGAAGAGAGCCAACUGGAUUCCUUUUAUAAAGAUUAAGCCUAAAGUAGAUCCCUGGCAGCAGAAGCUUUUGAUAAAAAUGAAACAAUGGAAAAAAGUGGAUAAGAUGCUGAACGUUUAUUCAAAAUUUGUAGAGGUCUCAGACAUGGAGAGGGUGAUGGAGGGUCUCCAGGAUCAUGCAGCAGCCGUGCUCAAACCACAUCCUCUGCGGUCAGGUUCUGCCACUUAUUCUCAUGCCUCAGGACAGCAGAACUACGAUGACAUCUGGAAGGAAGUCUACGCCUUCACUGAGCGUCACCAGGAACUAAAUACUGAGGACAAUAACAAAGCAGCUUGCAGCGAGAAAGAUGUAGGAGACAGCAGCUCCAGAAAGCUUCCAGGAUCCUACAGAAAGAAGAAUGAAAAAGGGUAUGGUUACAUGAGCACCUGGCAGCUCCUGGGACUGGAAGAAGGACCAGCAAUUGCCAACAAGGAAGACCUUGUGACAAGAGGAACAUAUCUUUCCUUUCUUCUCCUACGUCACUUGAGGCUCCGAGAGCUAAAGAGAGUGUGCUUGGGAAUCCUGAACUACUUCAGAUCUGUGGAGAGAAGCCUUACUAUCAGUACCGCAGGCCUCAACCUCAAGGCUGGUUGUCCGAUUCCCAGUGCAGAAGACACCUCCUGGAUCAGUGCUGCCAAAGGAGGCACUGGUGCUUCUGGUGGCUUGCACUCUCAGCCCUACGUUCACUACACACCAGCUGACUACAAGGUUCACAGCACUCAGUUCAUGGAGUUUGCAGACAUGGAAAACCAUGAUGACUUUCACACUCGUGAAGAUGGAUUUAUCCACACACAGGACCAGCAUGGGACUUAUAUCAUAUAUGAUGUGGCACUGGAGGACUUAAAGGAGCUUGAGAACCAGCUGCUGCUUGUGGCCAGCCAGUACAUUGAGAAAGAUAAAAGCAAUGUAACUUGUGGGAAAUCCAGUGGCAGCAGUAUCGUUGAGUGGGCACAUGCCUUUGUGGAUCGAUUUGCAGUGUUGUUUGACCUUUGGACCUGUGAAACUGCUCUCUUGGAAAAAAAAUGCCAGCUUCUAGAUGUUUACUUAGAGGCCUACCAACAUGCUUUGGACCCAGAGGAAAGAUUUGCUUUGGCCCAAGCGAUAACUGACAUCAUGCAUAAACAUCCACGGUUUGAUCUUGAGCUUGAAUAUUUUGUGAACAUCUACAAAGAUGAAUGCAUCUGUUUACAACUUCAAGUCCAGCUGCUGAGGGACAUAGUAAACCAGCAAAUAGAUGUCCAGAGGGAAUACGUGCCCAAGAUUUGGCGGAAAGGUCAGAAAGGUGGCAUCGAUGAAUUUGGACUUCCUUAUAAUGUGAUUACUAAGCAACUUGUCUCUCUUAACACUAGCUGUGCUGCUUCGAAGAAUAUUUAUUUGCUGGAGUUUCAUCCUUCUCUUGGUCUGGUGUGCUCAAUCCCCAAAGCUCUGGAGUGUAUCUACCAGGAGUUCUACAACAUCUGUAGGCCCAAAACAGCCAGUAGAGCAAUUAAGCUAGAAAAAAAAGUGCUUCAGCUGGUACUCGAUGAGUGGCUAACUAUGGAAAAACCAGAAUCUUUCUACAGCUCUCAGAUUCAAAAAGAUUUGUUUGCAGAGAUACUCAUAGAGGACCCUGUGCUGGUGCAAGACAUUGCUUUGUCACUAUUAGAGGUGAGAGCAGUUGAAGAAAUAAAAGAAGACAGAGAGAGGCAGCUCUUUAUCCUGGAUUCGUUCUCCUUGCUCCUGGAACUGAUCACGCUCCGGCAUCGGUUGAUUGAAGCGGCAACAGAGAGCGCACAGUUAGCCAGGUUGGUGGAUUGAUGGUGCUGGUUUAGCUAUGAGGACGUGAGAGAGGCAGUUUGGAGGGGAAAAGUAAAUCAAAUUGGUCAGUUAGUAUAGUUGGAAAAAGUCAGAGAGAGAGCACAUGCAUUUGUGUUGUGGGAAAUAUUUUUAUCUAAUAUGUGGAAAGAGGGUCUGUCUGGGGUUUGCAAGAUGUUUGUUAGUUUCAUAAGCUGAGAGACAAAUCAAGGCUUAACAGAACAGGCCCUCUGCCCAGUGAAAAUGGGAGUUCUGUGAUUCUAUGAAAUUUUGUCAUAAGAUGGAGGAGCAGAAGGAAUUUGCUGGUUCAGUGAAGAUUGUCCUUAAUCACCUUCUUAUGAAUAGUAUUAAAAUGUAACAAAAAUCACACAGGAAGUGCAUAUAAGAUUUGUUCACUACCGGAAAUAAGAAAGCAUAAAGAUUGUCCUGGGUGUACUGAUUCUUGCAGAGGAUAAAGUAAAAUAUUCUACACAAAGGAAAUCAGUGUCAUGCAUUAAGGAAAUUAUCACACAAGCUGGAGAAAAUGACAAUUUGUACAGAGAAACAAAGAAGAUAAGGACUGAUCUAAAGGGGAGAUCUAUCCUCUGUAGGGUAGUGUUGAUCUGCUCUCUUGGAUGCAAGUUAUUACUGAAGUUCUCCUUGCUCAGCUUCAUAUUAUCUCACAUUUUUAUUAAUGAGUUAAGUAGAAAGUAUAAGGGCGUGUUAUUAAAAUCAGGACAUUAGAGUGCUGGAAGAUAAAACUGAUACAGAAAAUAAAUAUCUUACAGAAAGAACGCAUAGUUCUAAGGUAUGAAGGAGAUAAACAUCACUAACACAAAGCUUAAGGCUAUGCAUAAUAAUAGGCAAUUCUUCUGUAAACUUCUUUGGAAUUCUUCUGUAAACUUCUUUGGAAACAAGAGGAGGAGGAGGAACUGGGUGUAUAGCUGGCAAUUGAAUGACUACAUAUUGCAACCGUGAUGGGGGAGGAAGUCACGAUAUCCUACUGUGAAUCAGACAAUGAGUUUUGUUUUCCAUAGAGAUCAGAACUGAUGCCUUUUAUGUGAUUCUGGCGAGGCCUCACCCGGAUUAUUAAGUAUAGUUUUGAGAUUUAUCUUCAGGAAAGAUAAAUGCAGAAUGGAAUGGAAGCAGAAAUGAUCUAAUAGGAUGAUGAGAGGAAAUAGAGAAUGCAUUUUACAGAAGUAAAUGAAAUAUCUUGGCUUGUUUGUCCUAGCAAAAUGAAGUCUGACAGAAGAUAUGAUUGUUCUCUAUAAAUACAUUGGGAAGAUAAGCACUGGGAAUGGAGAGCAGCUAUUUAAGGCCAAUUUUGGCAGCAGAACAAAUGGAUCUAAUCACUGUGAACAAAUUUAAACUAAAAAUUAAAAGGAGAUUUCUAAGAAUCAGACAAGAAAAAGUUCUGGAACAUAAAGAGCGGAGGGCAGAAAAUGAACAUAGUUUUAAAACGUAGCUUAAUUCAUGUCUGAAAGUAUUUGUGGGAGAUGAUUUCAUGCAAUAGCAAAGUUGUGCAUUUUGGACAGGUGACUCUUCAGUCAUAUUUUCCCCUUAUCUCAACUCUUUCUCCAGCUUUCCUCUGUAAAAUGUAAACUCCAAAUUAAGAAAGUCAGAAGCAUUUAUUUUCAACAGCUAAAAACCUAGAUGUAUCAUAAAAUCAUAGAAUCAUAUCAUAGAAUAGGUUGGAUUGGAAGGGACCUCAAGGAUCAUCGAGGUCCAAUCCUCUGCCAUGAUUAGGUUGGCCAGAGCCCCAUUCAAACUGGCCUUGAGCAACUCCAGGGGCAGGGCAUCCACAGCCUGUCUUGGCAACCUGUCCCAACACCUCACCACUCUUUGAGUGAAAAGCUUCCCCCUGACAUCUAAUCUAAAUCUCCCUUCCUUUAGUUUAAAACCAUUCCCCCUAGUCCUAUUACUAUCUACCCAUGCAAAAAGUUUAUUUCCCUCCUGUUUAUAAUCUCCCUUUAAGGAUUGGAAGGUCAUAACAAGGUCUAAUUCUAAUUAAACUUAUUACUCUGGUUUGGUUAUCUCUGUGUUCCAAUACUCAUACACGCUCACACAUAUUUUCUGGUAGUUAAUAAGGAGUAAUGUUAUUGUGCAACUUUUAAUUUAGCUGAAAAAUCAAUAUCAAAUCACCUUUUUUUUCAUGAAGCCUGUAAAAACGUAAUAUUUCAAAAGCCCUGUCUCCAUGACAGAUUUCACUGAUGCUCACCAACUGAUUUAGAAGUUAUCUAGAGGUAGAUAACUGAUGGAUUGGUUACGUGGUUGCAUUUGUUUUGUGAAGAAGGCUAAGACCUACUCACCUGAGGUGACAUACUUAGAAGUCCCUGAAAGGCAGCAGAAAAUUGUCAUUUUUUCUGGCAAAGGAUGGGAAUUCAGUAGAAAGUUAUGUCAAAAAGUAAGAUUUCACGAUGCAUAUGCAAGGUCAUUAAGCAUAACACUAUCUUCAUUUAAUAGAAGAUGAUUAAGUCAGCCUAAAUAUCAGUAUAAACAUACAUACUUUAUUCAGGGUGACAUUUUGAGGGGCUAUUUUUACACCCUCACAUGAGAUGAUGAAGUUCACUGUUCAUCAUAAUAUCAACUGUUAGGGACUCAGAUUCAAACUGAAGCAUCAGAAAGGCUGGUAAUCUUUCUCCCUGCUCUGCAAAGCAACAUGAAAUGAGUGCACAUACGUUUAUAGACUCCUCUGUCUCAUGCUAUAGGUUCUACCAGACUUUAGGGAGAUUUGCAAGAAUUACUCCCAAUACUUGCCUAUCUGUUUAUUCCUGAAGCUCCUUUCUGUCUAUAAAUACACAUUUAAGUUGUAUGCACUAUUCUUGAUAGCCCUUGCUGCUUCUCUUUGUUCCUCAGUCUUUCAAUCUUCACCUUCGAUUAUCUGGUGAAAAAAAAAAAGACAUCCUUUGGUACAACUAAACAAUGCCAGUUUAGCCUGAAUUUUGCUUCUCUCUUUAUUUUUUUUAAAUAUAUUCACUUUUUUGAUAUCUUUCCUUUUUCUCUAUUUUUUUUUCCUUUGCACAGUACUAGUAAGCUUAUUUGUGUAUUGCUGUUUGUGCUGUAAAGGCUAUCCAUGUGUUUGUAUUUUGUUACCUGUGAGACCAGCAUUUGUAGUCAUUACAGAGGGUUUUAUUCAACCUUAGGGCUCAUUUGUAUAAUUAUGGAUUCAUAUGCAUGGUGUCCUCCAUAUCCUAUUUUGUCUUCUGAGCUUUUCUUUCUCUAACUUUGCAGGCAGAGAAUUCUAUAUAUUUUUAAAGAACUGGGAACUGUGACUUCUGGGUCCUAUUUGUGUCUUUAUCACAUUCUCACACCUUAACUUCUCUUUGACCUGUUUUCUUGAUUGAUAAAACACCUGCCUGUAGAUGUUAGCAGGAAGCAAGGGAUUAUCUUAUUCCUUUGCAGUCUGUUUCAAAAAGAAAGUUUCUCUUUAUACCAUCUUCUUAUACUAUAUGAAAAGAAGGAUCACAGAUCAGAUUGGUGUUUCUGUGGUUUUGCAUCUGAAGGAAGAGAUUGAUAGAUCCCUAGGGAGGGAGUGUAGACUGUGUCCAACUUCAGGCACCUGGGGCUUUAGAGGCCUCCUGAACUACUAGUUGCAUCUAGACAAUGUGUUUACUGCUUGCUGGUCAACUGUCCUGGUCUUUUGUUGUACUGCAGAGAUACUGUUGGGUUUGUGUCAUACUGAGAAAAAAGCUCUCUUAGGUUAUAAAAUUGCUAUUUUCAUAGUAAUAACAUGUCUGAGUUCUGCUUGGCUACUGAAACUUCUCUUGCAAUCUGCCCUCCUUCUAGUUUCUAGCCUAAAGCUGUCUUCCCCUCUGUCAAUUCCUUCUAAAUAGAACAUUUAGCGCCUUUUCCUUGAUUUUUCUAUGUAAUGUUGUAGACUCUUGACUUACUGUCCUUUGUUUGUAACUCCAAGUUCAUAUAUAUAACUCCAUAGUUCAAUCUAUGCUGAUUGAACUGUUGAUACUAAACAAAGAUCAGCUCUCAGGAUGGAACGCUUGUUUGCUGUAACACUUUACAUGACAAUAAAUGUUUAAAGUUGGAUGCAGAUUUCUUCUUGAAAUGAGCCUUCUGGAUGUAGAUUUCUAAGUGAGCAUUAAUUAAGCAGAGAGAAAAUUUGUUUUUGAAAUGCAUCCAUGUUUUUGUGU